AAUCCCAACCUCCUUUGCUCUCCGGAGGCCCACCCUCUAGCCAUGACCAAACUCAAAUCUUAUUCUUUGGCCGGUGGUCUGAUUCAUAGGCAGGUAAUUUUCCUUGGUGUUUUCCUUCUGUCUGGAGAUGUCAAUUUGUGUCUUAAGGGGGGAAAACUGUAAUUUUCCCUGAGUGGAAUAAAUUAAUGUGUUUUGCCUUUACUACUUAAAAGUUUUUGAUAUUUUUUUGCUGCAUAUGCCAAGGUUGAGAUAAGAUGUUUCUAGCAUUAACAUAUGUAAGUUCUCAUUUGUAAACUUUCAUUUAAAUUAUGAGGUGUAUGCACUGUAUUCAUGGCUAAUCAGUGUAAGUCAUACCACAUUGAGUAGAGAUCAUUCAAUGUAAUCUUAUUUUGCUGAGAUAAAUUACAAUUAUUAUAUUUGUUGUUCUUUCUGUCAACUCAUCAAUGGAUAUUUUUCUCACAAAAUGGUAUAUCUUGUGAGCAUCCUCAAAUUGAGUCUAUGGAGCUAAGAGAGAGACGACACAAGAUUACAUCCUCAGGAAAGGUUUCUGUUGUGAUGGUUGAAAUAAUUACUUGUUUUGAUAGCUCUGAUAUUCAGGUACUUAUUUUGCAGUCAAAGGCUAAGAGUUAUUCUUGAAUUGAAACAUGCAAAAUGUCUUUACCUGUUAUUGCCAUUGAUAUUGCAUUGUCUUAUGAAUUAUUUCUUGUAUCAUGUAUUAGACCCAGUUUCUUGCUUUUUCUUUCUCAUUUUGCUCUGUGCACUCACCAAAACUUUGUAUUACUCUGGGCCUCGAUUAACUAAGAGAGAUUUUUUUAUUGUUAUCAGAUUCAGUUAAUUAAAAUGUAAUGGAAAUUGGGAAAGUAGUUAUUGCAAGUCUUAUGUGUUUCUGUUAUAUUCAGGCAUCCAAAGUGAUUGUGAUACUGUGUUGCUGUCUAUUUAUCCUAGAUGCUAUUGCUUUUUAAAUUUUAUUUUCCAUUUAGCCUUUAUGGGAUUAACACUCUUCUUUUAGCUGUCUUAAUUCUUUUUUUUUUUUCUUUUUGAAAGCUUCUUGAAUGUUUUAUUGAUUUCAUCACAGUUUCUCCUUUGACCUUUUUGGCGGAUCACUGCAGAAAUGGGGAAAACUCACCUUGUCACAGAGUGGUACAUUGUCUACCAUAACCAAUUCACUUGGCUAUAUAUUGCUGCUCUUAGACACUUGGGCACUUGUUGAUGCUACUGUAAAAGGAUAUGAAGAAGAAGAUGAAUCUGCAGCAUUAUUUGAUUGGAAAUUUGCAUUGAUGGGUUCUGGUUGUGGACUGCUGUUGGGACUAUGUCUUGGAUACAUUGUGUUCACAACAGGAAAACCAUUGUGGCCAGUGUAAAAGGUUGAGGUAUGUCGACAGAAGUUUGUGGGAUGGUACGGUUUCAGAAAUAAAAAGAGAAAAAACCAGCAACCUGAUCGAUGCUCUUAGCUCCACAGCGAUGCUCGAAAUUAGCUGCAGGCAGCUGCACUUCUUUUCUUCCACUUAUAAGAUCUAGCCAAAAAAAAAAAAAAUUGCAAGCAUGAGCAAACAGAGCAUUGUUUGUUGUUCGUGAGUUCGUUCUGCAUUUUCAUAAGUUUCUUUCCUGAAAUCCUAUGGUUGUUUUUUCUUUUCCCUAAUUUUUCUUGUUCAAUGUUGAAAGAGCAACAUCCUGAAUGGGGAUCAUUGUUGUAUUAUAUUAAUAUGAAUUUAAGACUAUUGGUUUCUUUUAAUAAAUGAAAUCUAUUUAU